AUGCUUCUCCGCCAGGCAGUGGCCUGUGCUGCCCUUGGGGCUGUUUGUGCUGCCACGCCGCAUCCUCGAUCACCUUUGUUAUCAAAGGGAGAGACAUCACUCGCACCCUCCCUUGAUCGUUGGUCACAUGGCACUCACGUCGCUGUUGACUAUUAUCCGUCGCAAUGGCCAGAAGAAAUGUGGGAGUCUGACAUGGCUCAGAUGCGAGAUGCCAACCUAUCGUAUGUGCGAGUAAACGAGUUCGAUUGGAGCGUCUUAGAGCCAACUGAAGGGCACUACAACUUCACUCUUCUCGAUAAGACACUCGAGAUUCUCGGUCGGUAUAACCUCAAAGCGAUUGUUGGUACACCCACAGCAACUCCGCCCAACUGGGUUUACGAAAAAUACGACAUCAGCUUCGUUGAUAAGACGAACACCACAUUGCUCUUUGGGUCUCGUCGUGGGUAUAGCCCCUCUUCGUUUGACUAUCGUCGCCUGAGCCAAAAGAUUACCCGAAAGCUUGCAGAGCGGUACGGCAACCAUUCCGCCGUCGCGGGUUGGCAAUUGGACAACGAAUUUGGAUGUCAUGACACUGUGCAGAGUUACGACCAUAAUGCAAUCAAGCGCUUCCGGACAUGGUUGGAGAAGAAAUACGAAACGAUCGAGAACUUCAACGCCCAGCAGGGCCGAGUAUUUUGGUCAAAUCAAUAUGUCAGCUUUGAUGCAAUUCACCCACCGUUUCUGGAGGUUUACACACCGCAGCCGGUCCAUGUUCUCGAUUGGUAUCUAUUCAGCUCGGAUAUGGUGAUCGAAUUUGCGCGAGAGCAAUCGGAAAUCCUGAGGGAUCUUGCGCCAACCAAAUUCAUCACACACAAUUUCAUGAUGGGCUUCACCGACUUCGAUCACUACAAGUUCUCGCGUGAGGUCGGACUGGACCUCGCAACAUUUGACCAGUAUGCUCUUGCCGGGCUGGAAACUCUUUCGUCGCUCUCUCAGGACGAACAGACUGAAUACCUGCGCACCGGGCCACCCGAUUGGCAGGCCUUGCACCAUGCCCUCUAUCGUGGAGUGUCAGGCGCAGCAUACAACAAAACAUCCGGUCCGUUCGGAAUCAUGGAGAUGCAAACCGGCGUUCUCAACUGGAAUGCCUACCGGGUGUCCCCACUGAGCGGCAUGGUGCGACUUUGGACGCACGAGACCUUUGCGGACCAAGGCGACCUGGUGUCAUACUUUCGUUGGCGUCAGCCUCCCUUCGGACAAGAGCAGACGCUCUCUGGUCUUUUCACUUCAGACGACGCCGCGGACGAAGGCUUCCUGGAACUUCAGACCGUGGUAGACGAAGAUCUACCAAGGUUGAAGGAAGCCCUGCAAAGCGACAAACAACAGGAGUCACAAGCAGACGUGGCUCUAGUAUUUGACUACGUUGCCGCUCGGGUCUGGGCUAUCGAGCCGUACAGCGGAGCCUGGAGUCCUAAAGACACAGCCUACACUGAUCCCGCGGUGAAAUACAUGGACGUCGUGUACAAGUUCUAUUCGUCUCUUCGCCGUCUCGGCCUUUCUGUCGAUAUAAUCGGCCCUGAUCAACCAAUUGACGGUUACAAGCUUGUUGUUGUGCCAAGUCUACCCAUCAUUCUCGACGCAUUUAACAAAGCACUGGCCAACUAUAAAGGAGCCGUUGUCUUCGGACCUAACACUGGCUCCAGGACACCUGAAUUCAGCUACACCCCCGGGCUCAACCCCACGGAAGGCCCGCUCCGCAGUCGUCUACCGAUGAGAGUCACUCGCAUAGAAACACCGCCUGACUACGCAGGCAGCGGCGUCGUCUACGCAGGAAAGACGUACAAUAUUUCCGGCUGGGAAGAGUGGGUGUUCUGCGAGCGCCAGAACCGCACAAGUACUGCAACAUUGAAAUACAGCUCGCCACAUCGUCCUGGCAAGCCGGCGGCCUGCUCGAGGAAUGGGUUCCACUACCUUGGGUUCAAUCCUUCCGUGGACCUGCUUGUUUCAUACCUCGGUGAUGUUGCUAAGAACGCGAAUAUUACUGAUUUUGCGGGGCGACGUGCCGAUAGCAAGAAUGACCUUGGGCCCACUUUGCGGUUUGCUAAACGGGGGUCCUUGCUUUGGGGAUUUAAUUACGGCCUGGAGUCUGCAAAAAUUCCUGAGAUUGAGGGCUCUAAAUUGUUGAUUGGAGGAAAGGACUCGAAAAUUGCAUCCGCUGAUAUUGCUGUUUGGAGGCUGAUGGAGUAG